AUGGCUUAUACAGAAAAGGUGUCCCUUAAUGGCACCGCUCUCUCAUUUCUAUUAUUUGAAUGUGUUAAUUCUGUAAAUACUCAGGAAGGAUUCUUAAUUGGCAACGUUACUUCUGAAAUAACGAAUCACAUAUCAGAUUCUCAAAACGAUAGUGCGCGAUUGGACACCCAAAUAUUCAUUAGAACGGUAUUACCUCUGCCCUCAGUGGCUUUGUUUUAUUUUCCAACAGGUAAAAUAAAGGAGGAUGUUCUGUCAGAUUUGCUUUCUAACACAGCAAGUGAAAUUGUUGGCUGGUAUAAAUAUAGAAAAAACAGUAGUAUUAAGCCAACUUUUAGAGAUAAGUUAAUAUCAAAAGGAUUACAAAAGUACUUUGAAAAGUACCAUGGAAAAAAAAAUUUUGUCACCUGCAAUUUAUCAUGUAGAACUUCAUCUGCAGGUUCAACACACACAUUUACAUAUAGAUUUGGAAAAAUCAAUUGCUUUGACAUGUAUGAAUAUAUUGAAGAUGUUACUGCUAAUCUAGGUGAGAAGCUGACAGGAUAUAAAAAGGCUCAUAAAGUAUCACCACAUAGCAUAUUCAACAAGAUUGUUAAUGAAAGUAAUGUUCAGAGUAACAAUACAAAUGAUGCAAUUUUGCGUAUACAAGAGGCUGUUGAUGUCAAACUUAUUAAAGAAGCUAAGCUAGCAGCCAAAACUGAGAACACUAUCCGGGAACUUGAAUCAGAGAUAAAGCAAAUGACAACUAUUCUCUCUGAUAAACAUGUAGUAGACUUACAAGAUGCAUAUAAUAAGAUAGUUGAAGAGAAAUUGGUGAACAGAGAAGUUGAAAUGGCUGAAGCAUGUGUUGAAGCAUUAAAAUCUCCGCCAAGUGUAGAUAUAUUGAGCAUUCCUAACAUUUUUAAUAAUACCAACAACCUUUCUGAUAGUGAAAAUUCAGUACAGUUAAUAGAGAAUGAAAUAAAAAAUAGAAGUCCAAGUCCAAUUUUAACAACAUCAACUUCAAACAAACAGUCAAACUUAAACUAUGCAGCUGCCUUAAAAAAGAGUUCUGAAGUCGCUUCAACCAGUAAAACCAAUGAAUUUCAUGAUGAUUUGAUUAAUUUUGAUGUUGAUGACAAGAAUAUUAAAAAACCUGUAUUCAUUACUGAAAAUGUUAAAUGUUUGGAUGAUAGUUCUCCCGAGUAUUAA